AUGGUUGCAGUCUUCAACAAAGAGCUACUCAGCUGGUACCUCAUCACCCUCAAGCUCAACCAAACAGUCGAAACCGGGCUUCAAAACCCGACAACCUCACGACCCAUCGACUUACCAGACACAAACCACGCCAAGACCCAAGAAACCCGCUUCCCACUACCUCCAAACUCCCUCCAAAUACCCAUCACCGAAGACGAAACGGGCCCUCCCAAGCCCGAGGAACCCGAUUGGGUGAUCACCAUCAAGGAAAAGCUCGUCCAGGCCCAGCAAGAGGACGCGGCCCGCACUUGGGCCAAGCUCUCCAUCUACCGCAUUCCUCAGUGCCUCCGGGAAGGUGACGACAACCGGGCCUACAUCCCCCAGAUCGUCUCCCUCGGGCCUUACCACCACGGAAAGAAACGACUACGCAACAUGGACCGGCACAAGUGGCGGGCCCUACACCGCGUCCUCACCCGCACCAACCAUCCCGUCGGGCUCUACUUCGACGCAGUCAGGGAGCUCGAGGAACGGGCCAGGGCCUGCUACGAGGGGUCCGUUCCCCUCGGCAGCAACGAGAACGACCCCAUUUUCGCAAUGCGGGCCACCAUGCACUCCAUCCAGCGGGACAUGAUCAUGCUCGAAAACCAGAUACCGCUCUUCGUGCUCGAAACCCUGUUCGGGCUCCAGUCGGGCCAGGAGGACCGGGCCGGAACGGUCACCAGGCUGGCGCUCCGGAGCAGGAUCGAGUCAUCCGCCAGAUUCGACCCACUGACCGAGCAGGGAGGGCUCCACUGCCUCGAUGUGUUUCGGAGGAGCCUGUUGUCUAUACAGGCCGGGCCGAAGCCCGCGCCUCGUGUAUGGAUCAAGCGGUGGUCUCACGCGAACCGGGUGGCGGACAGGAGAAGGCAGCAGCUCAUACACUGCGUUAGUGAGCUGAAAGAUGCCGGGAUCAAGUUCAAGAAAAGGAAAACCGACAGAUUCUGGGACAUAAAGUUCGAAAAUGGGGUUCUCAAAAUCCCGCGUCUUUUGAUACACGACGGGACUAAGUCACUGUUUCUGAAUCUCAUUGCCUUGGAGCAGUGCCACCUGGACUGCACGAAUGACAUCACGUCGUACGUGAUAUUCAUGGACAACCUGAUUGACUCCCCUGCUGAUGUCAGCUACUUGCAUUACUGUGGGAUUAUCGAGAACUGGUUGGGGAGUGAUGCUGAGGUGGCCAACAUUUUUAACCGGCUGUGUCAGGAGGUGGUUUUCGAUAUAAACGACAGCUCCCUCUCCAGGCUGUCUGAGCAGGUGAAUCGGUACUAUGAGCACAGGUGGAAUGCUUGGAGAGCGAGCUUGAAGAACAAGUAUUUUAAUAAUCCGUGGUCGAUUAUCUCGUUUUUGGCUGCGGUCGUUUUGCUGGCGUUGACACUGGCCCAAACGUUUUACGGCGUUCAUGGUUUUUACAACCCUCAUCAAUGA